AUGGAUUUGGCCAGCCGGAGCAGUUGCGGCAAAAUCCCUCCACCCACGAGAAGUGAACACGUCAGACCCGUGCUUCAAACAAUUGAACCCAGGCGUCAGCGUUUCCUGGGAGGUGGCCUUACAAUCUGUCUACUUCGAUUUCUUCCAAGCUGGACAGUUUACAAUAUCUUCUGGUCAGGCGGGCAAAUUCCUUUAUGGGACUGGGGCACAUUAGCGGAGCAUAGUAACCGCAGACUCGGCCCUAAGUCCCCUGCGGUGGUACUACCCGGCGGCCCACGACAGCGACUGGCUAUUGCCGCUGAAGAAAGCGAUAUAGAGGAUGUGGGCCUAUCGUCGCCUUCACCCGAACCUAUUUUGGCACCUGCUAGGAUGAGUAGCGCCCCAAUCUUUAGCCUUAACGUUGCCGGAACUGCUACGCUAUCGAUGAAAGAUCGCACUCCAGUAGGUAGACUACGUUAUCCUAUCACAGCCACACUCUCGUAUGAUACAGCUCCGGAUCCCUUUAACGGAGAGCCGGUUAUAUUUCAUACGUUCAAAUUCGAAGGUCUUGAUCGCCGCCAGGACGGAUUCAGGCUCUACUUUAGAGAAGAGGAUAAGGACGACUGGAGUCCACAUGAACUUGGAGCCCUGUUUACGCACCACCUGUACAGAUUUUCUACUACCACUCCGGUAAAUGUUGGCCGUGAUGACCGGAGUGACUUUGUGGCCCUGAUGCCUGGUGAGUCGUGGUCAUUUACGCGGGAGGUGAGUGAUUUCCGGCAAAAUGUAGCGCCCGGUGAUAAGUUCCGGUACGGGUUCAAGGGAGCUUCAAUUGACUGGUGGGAUUGGGGAAAUUUUCAUGAUCAUCAAGAUACUGUGGUGUGGGUUAAUGGCAGGGUCCUUAAUCCACAAGAUAAUGGAGGCCGGCCUAAACUUGUGGUUCCAGCUAGUAACUGGGUCGAGUUUACACUAGUUCCAUAA